AUGGCUCGCCUCACCAUUCGCAAUCUUACUAUCAACCCAAUCGAGCUCAUAGAAAUCGAGAGGUUCGAGGGCCAAACUGUGAGAACCGGCAAUGUCCUCUCAAAUAUGACAAGCCAUAUCAGUGGCUUCAUCAAGGCUUCCGACUUCAGCUCUCGCCAAACCCAGGCCAAGGGCGAGCCCAUUCACAAGGAAAAUGCCUCUGUCAAAGUUGAGCCCUUCAAGACCAAGGAUUCUGGCAUCCGAGCCGCCGACAAGAAUAAGGAGGUGGUUCGUCUUACCUUCAAAUAUGAAGAUCACAAGUAUCAGGUCGACAUCCCUAGCCCCUCCAACAAAUCUUCUGUCAUGAAGAACCUGGACGGAGGCAAACAUGACCUCACUGUCGUUUAUACCCCCAACGGUGCCUUUCUCGCCAUCUUCUCUUCUGCCCAGCUGCAUCGCUGGAUGCACGAGCUUCACGACGACUGGCCACUCACUCUGCUCUCGAUUCCUGGCACGCACAAUUCUCCUACCUGCUAUACUGCUCUUCCUUCUGUUCGGUGUCAAGCGGUUGAUGUCUUGGAGCAACUCAAAAAUGGUGUUCGGUUCCUCGACGUUCGAGUGUCCGUCAGUCCUGACGAUGAUGAACUUGCUCUUGUCCACAGCGUGUUUCCCAUUUCCUUGACUGGCACAAAGUACUUCAAACACAUGCUCGAGGAUAUUUACAAGUUCCUCGACGAGAACAGCAGUGAGACUGUCAUCAUGAGUAUCAAGCGCGAAGGUACUGGAAGGGGCAACGACGAACAACUCGGAAAAUAUCUGAAGCACAGCUACGUCGAUAAAAGACGAAGUCGAUGGUGGACUGAGCCCAAGAUUCCAACUCUGGGUGGUGCCCGUGGUCGCAUUGUCAUCGUCCGCCGUUUCAACUUGGACGGCGAGAUGAAGAAGACAUGCUGGGAUGGUCGAGGUUGGGGUAUUGACGCAGGCGCCUGGCCCGAUAAUUGUGAAGACGGCAAGGUGCCGGGAGGUAUUAUCCGUGUCCAAGACUUUUACGAAAUUACUGAGAGCCAGAAUAUUGAGAAGAAGAUCGAGUACUGCCGUCGGCAACUCGAACGCGCUGCUGAGCAGACCUUUGCUCUCGCUGGGAUGGAUGCGAGCAACUUCUUCAAUGCAACCUGCUGGCCAGAGCGUAUUGCUGCCAAGGUCAACCCUUCUGUUAUCGAGUACCUUUGCAUGUGCCACGGCGAGGAUGGCAAGGGGCCAAACAAGCUCAAGAUCGGUUCUGCAGGUACAGGAGUCGUCGUCACCGACUGGGUAGGCCACAAGGAUGAUUGGGAUUUGAUCCGCUGCAUUGUUGGAAUGAACGCAAGGCUGCAGCUCAAGAGAUAA